AACACUUCUCCUUAUCCUGAAAAAAAAAAAAACCUUCAUCUUCUCUAACAAAUAACAAACCAGUGAAGAAGAAAGAAAUACUGCUAGGAAGUAGUAACAGACAGAUUACAUAGUCAUACACUACUCUCAUGAAAACCUUAAACUAAGACUAAACCUUCAUUUCCUCUCUAUCUACAACAAUGCCAUCUCGCCACCUCCGAUCUCUCUCUCCACCCCCACCCCCACCCCUCCACCACCACCACCACCACCACCACCUCUUAGCUCCGCUCCUUGCUGGAGCACUAACACUCUUUCUAAUUUUUAUUGUUAUACUUGUAAUCUUGCUCUAUCGCAAAAUCACGCGCAACCGUACAGCUCCGAUAACUAAAUCCCCAAAUCACCACCACCAACAAUGCCGCUGCUACUCUUACUCCCUUCUCCGCCGUGCAACCUCCUCAUUCUCACCCUCUAACCGCCUCGGCCACGGCGGGUUCGGAUCAGUCUACAAAGCUACACUUCCUAACACUAAUCAACAUUUAGCUGUUAAAUUAAUGGAUCAAAACGGUUCACUUCAAGGCGAGAGAGAGUUCCAUAACGAACUCUCUAUUGCUUCUUGCUUGGAUUCUCCUAACAUUGUUUCUCUCCUUGGUUACUCGUGUUCGCGAAAGAAGAAAUUAAUUUUAGUCUAUGAGUUAAUGGAGAAUAGGAGCUUACAGGAGGCUUUGUUUGAUAGGAAAUGUGAAGAGUUAAUGAACUGGAAGGUUAGGUUUGAUUUAGUUAUUGGUGUAGCGAAAGGACUUGAGUAUUUGCAUCAUUCUUGUAACCCUCCCGUGAUUCAUGGGGACAUUAAGCCUAGUAAUAUCUUGCUUGAUUCGUUUUUUAAUGCGAAAAUUGGGGAUUUUGGACUAGCAAGAUUGAAGAUUGAAGAGAGUAAUGGUGUCGUGGAGAAGAAAGAGGGUUUGGGAGAGGAAAAUGGGUCGAUUUUGGAGGAGACGGAGAGUGUGGGGAGUGUGUGUGGAGAGAGUGGGAUUAUUGCUGUUGGUGGGGUUGAGAGGUCGCCAGAGAGUUUUGGUGGUAGGGUCUUGGAUUCGGAUGCGUCACCGGAGAUGGUUUCUCCGGAGGUUGGGGUGGAUAAAGGGAGUGUAUCGGAGGCGGGGUUUGAUAAGAUGAGCGUUGAUAGUGGGAGAGAUUUGAUUGGUGGAGGGAAGAAAGGUGGGUCGAGGAGGGAUUGGUGGUGGAAACAGGAUAAUGGAGGUGGAUCGGAGUCGGGGAGGGUGAAGGAUUAUGUGAUGGAGUGGAUUGGAAGUGAGAUUAAUAAGGAGAGGAGACCUAAGCAAGAAUGGAAUGUUGUGUCUCCAGUUUCGAGUGAUAAUAAGUUGUUAAGCACGGAAAGUUUGAAGAUUGAGCCAAAGAAGCAUAAGAAGCGACUGGAAUGGUGGGCUUCUUUGGAUGAGGGAAGAAUGAAGAAGGAGAAGAAUAGGAAGCCUAGAGAGUGGUGGAAGGAAGAGUUUUGUGAGGAGCUUACCAAGAAAAAGAAGAGAGGACUUAGUUCGAGUAAUAGUGGAGAUUUAUGGUGGCAAAAGGAUGAUGAUUUGGUACAAGAGAGGAAGAAGAAGAGGAAGAGUAAGGGCAGUAUUGAUUGGUGGUUGGAUGGGUUUAGUGGUGAAUUCAGAAAUGGGAGAAGAAAUAGCCAGGAUUGGGCUAGUGGAGAGAUCCCCAAGAGUGGUGGUAUUAGCAGCACGCCUAGCAUGAGAGGAACGGUGUGUUAUAUCGCUCCUGAAUAUGGUGGCGGCGGCCUGUUAUCAGAGAAGUGUGAUGUCUAUAGUUUUGGUGUUCUGCUCCUUGUGGUGGUUUCUGGGAGAAGACCACUGCAAGUAACUGCCUCGCCGAUGUCAGAAUUUGAGAGGGCUAAUCUAAUAUCCUGGGCUAGGCAACUUGCAUACAACGGGAAGCUAUUGGAUCUUGUCGAUCCUUCAAUACUUUCAUUGGAUAAGGAUCAGGCAUUGCUUUGCAUUACAAUUGGUCUACUCUGUUUGCAGAGAUCGCCUAGCAAACGGCCUACCGUGAAAGAAAUUGUGGGGAUGCUCUCUGGGGAGGCAGAGCCGCCCCACUUGCCAUUUGAGUUCUCUCCGUCACCGCCGUCCAAUUUUCCAUUUAAGUCUCCAAGGAAGGCCCGGUGAGUUUUACUGGAUUUAAGACAUCGUUGUAAUUCAACUGUACAGUGUGUACCGUUGCAGCUCUUGUAGGUCAUUUCUAAUUUAUCAUGUUUUGUAGAAACUGUCUGCUGAGAUUGAAAUGAAUAUACAUCUUGUUCAUAAA